AUGAAGUUUAUGCCUUGCUAUGAUGGCCCUUACACAAUUAUCGACAUCAACAAGGACCAUUCCACCAUCACACUCGACCUUCCGAAUUCCCCCAACAUCUUUCCUAUUUUCCACACAUCUGAAAUCCUUCUGUACACUGAAUCUGAUAUGUCUCUUUUCCCCUUGCGCCAUCUUGAAGAACCCCCACCCAUUAUCGCCAACAACAGACACAAAGAAUAUUUGAUUGACAAAAUAUUGGACACACAUUGA